GGGAGCCAGGACCGGAGGCAUGUUCUGCUACCACUGCCCCCCGGGCCUCCCGGCGCCCCGGCUUCCGCCGUCCCUGGAGUACCCCUUCGCUCCGACCCACCCCUACACGAGUUACUCGGCAUACCACCCUGCCCUACACGGGGUCGGCGAGGACUCGUUCGUCAGGAGGAAACAGCGGAGGAACAGGACGACCUUCACGUUGCAGCAGUUGGAGGAGCUGGAGUCGGCGUUCGCGCAGACCCACUACCCGGACGUCUUCACCAGGGAGGACCUGGCCAUGAAGAUCAACCUGACGGAGGCGCGGGUCCAGGUGUGGUUCCAAAACCGACGCGCGAAGUGGCGGAAGAGCGAGCGGCUGAAAGAGGAGCAGCGGAAGCGGGAGGGGGGCUCCGGCAACCCGGAGGGCCCAAGCCUGGCCUCGUCCUCGGGGGGCCCGAGUCCAGGCGGCGCCGACGCCGAGGUCGGGGUCGAGGACGGCGGGCCGGAGGUAGGGGGCUCGCGGAGCCCCAGCACGACCUCCGCCUCGGUGAGCCCGCGGCCCCAGCAGCCGCAGAGUCAGCCGUCCCUGGGAGGCGUCGCGACGCCGCCGCCGCCGCCCACCGCCCCCGUCCGCUCGGGGGCCAGCCUCGGCCCCGCGCCUACCCCCUCGCAGGCGCCCGCCCCGGGAGGUCUGCCACCACCCGCGGAGAGCGCCCCCGGGGCAGGAGGAGGGUUCCGCCCCGUGGAGCCCCCCACGUCGCUCUUCUUCUCGCCGCACCUGGCGGCGCAGUUCUCGCCGCCGCUUUUCGGGAGCAAGGUGGUGGGCAGCACGCCGACCUCGCUGACCUCGGCGACCCCGUCCCUGUGGAGCACCGCGGACCACCGCGGAGGAAGCCUCCAGGAGAUGCUGACCUGGGCGCCGGCCGGCUGGCCAGGAUCCCUCUGCGGAUGCUGCAAGCCCGGGACCGGGGACCUCCACCGGAGCAGCAGCUUGGCGGAGCUGCGGAGGAAGGCCCAGGAACACUCCACCGCCUCCGCCCUCCUAGGGGGCCUAGCCGGGUUCCCAGGGGGUCUGCCUUUGCCCCUGCCCCUGCCCCUGCUGCCCCCGCUGUUGGGCUUGUCCAGAAGGCCGGAACACCAUCACCACCAUCACCAUCUGCCGGCGGUGGUCCACCAGGUGCAGCCCUCCACCAAGGAGGACCCUUAGGAAGCGGCCUUCCGGGGGUCUCGUCGAGGGUGGAGAUCGGUCCACCCUGGGGGUCUACCUUUCGGGGUUCGUCCAGGGAAGACGGGACGUUGCGUCGGAGAGGAUUGUUCCCUAGAUGUGGUUUUUUAACCCUUUGGCUACUAAGAGCGCCUAAAGGCGCCCGACAUUUGGUCCAAUGUUGCCUGCACGGUCGGACGAAUUUCGCCCAUAUGUCGAAAUGGCUCCGUGUUCAGUGUCAACAAGAAGGCGGCUUCAAAAGCGACGUUUUUGGGGAUUCCUAAGGUCCACCAGGGAGGAUCGAGGAAGAUCCUCGUCUUGGCAGCGUUUGUCAAUGGUUGUCAUCAUUAUUUACAUCGUCCAUCCAGGGAUGCCCUCGACCUAGAGAGACUCCCAGAGGAUGAUCAUCGCCUCGUUCCUCGUGAACAUGGAGUAAUCCUGAUUGGAACAUCGCAGUUUAUUUCUCUCAUCCGAUUCGACGAAGACAUUCCCGGAGGACCGUCCUGUGCCUAGUUUAGAUCCUGGUGUUGGCGAUGUUCAAUGUUCGGAUAAAGUGUGAAGAGACGAGGAAGUGAUGCCGGGUCGUGCCAUGCUCUUCUGGGUCCCGUGAUUUUAACCAAAGUAUUAGCGGCCAAAAGAUUGUAGCUAAAAGUAGAGAGACCUGUAUAAUAUUACUGUCCGAUAGUACCGUCACUACCGAUUAACGCUGGAACAACCGGCGGAUUUUUCCUGUCUUUAGUUUGCCACCUGAGAAUCCGUCAUUUUGACGGAUUUGCUUGUUCCAGCGUCAAUGACGAUCGUAGCGAAAGAGAUGCACUAUAACAUAGCGGUAUUACAAACGAGUAUACAUACUUAGUUAGCAUGUACUAUAUCGUGGUAGUUGCAUAAAAUAAAUUCGUUCUCGUGAGAUAAGCAGUCCUCUUC